UACACGUUCAUACCUCACUGAAGGAGUAAACGGAGGGCGCGCCAUAAAACCAAGAAGAAGAAGAAAAAGAAGAACGGAGGGCGCACCUGCCUGACAAAAUACAGCUGCAGUGUCGACACUUACUCGGAUUUUCUUUACAUACUUUUGAGGAAGUUAAAGUUGGAUGUUUUAAAGCUCAUAUGUUCUGAAAGAUUUUGAGAAAAUAUGUCGCAGGGUAUAAUCUUUACCCUCCUCUUGAUCACAGGCUGCACCACAGCAGUCAACGUGGUCUGCCCUUACCCACGACACGUAGUCAUAUUAUUCCAGCCGGUCACGCUCCGCUGUGAUUUCACUACAACAGCUACAAACCCACCACUGAUCACCUGGAAAUACAAGUCCUACUGCAGAGACCCGAUACAAGCUGCAUUAAACCCCAGUAGUGCUGACAAUGCCAUCGCUCAGUCCAACCCAAACUACAACCCUAACAUAGAGUGUGCAGACAGCGCCAGGACCGUUCGCAUAGUAGCUUCGAAACAAACAGCGGUCACACUUGGGAGCGAGUACCAGGGCCGUCAGAUCAGCAUCACAAAUAAUGCAGACCUUAACUUUGCUCAGACCGCGUGGGGUGACAGCGGAGUGUACAUCUGUAAUGCUGCUUCAGCCCAGGACCUUUCAGGGAAUGGCGAGUGUUAUACAGAACUCAUUGUGCUUGAGAGAAAGUCAAAUACUACAGACCUGCUGCCUGGCAUUGAUUUACUGAUCAUGGAAGACUGGUUGUUAGUGGUGUUGGUGGUCCUGGGCUUCCUGCUGUUGUUGCUCCUGAUUGGUAUCUGCUGGUGUCAGUGUUGCCCUCACACCUGCUGCUGUUACGUUAGCUGCCCCUGCUGCCCGGAGCGCUGCUGCUGUCCCCGCGCAUUGUAUGAGGCUGGUAAAAUGGUAAAGUCUGGCAUCCCCGGUCAGUAUGCACACACUGUCUACGCCCCAAGCAUGUAUGGCCAGCCAGCUUAUGGAAUUGGUGGAGCUGCGCCAGGCAUACCCAUGCUCCCUAUGCCGGUGGGCAUUGCUGGUCCUCCCUCCAAUGGCUAUGGCAGAGACUUUGACAGAGCCAGCUCAGUUGGUGCAGGAUCUCAAGUGCCGCUCCUGCAAGACCACGAUGGUGGAGGAACCCGUAGUGGAUACCGUGUUCAGGCCGACCAAGAUGGAAACCCAACUCGGGUGCUUUACUACAUGGAGCGAGAGCUGGCCAACUGUGACCCUAGUCGCCCAGUGAACACUCCAGGCAAAUACAGUCGUCUGGAUGGUAUGAGCGAGGUGAGCUCACUUCACGAUGGUCCAGACUCUCGAAAUCGUGGUCGGGCCAGACCGCCUCAGCUUACCACGGUGUACGAUGAUGUGGACGGAAACAUGAGCACCAUCAGCAGCGUCUCUCAGCACAUCCGACGGGAUGAGCCCAGGUGGGGACCUGACAGUCGAGGACGUGCACGCUCCAUGGAAAAUUUGGACGAUAUCAGCCGCAAUUUCGGAGACAGAGAUGACUAUCCGCCAGCACGCCGAGAUGGUGGGGCUAGAGGCGGCAGAAGAGGUUCGGAUGACGAGUGGAGCAGCAGUGGACGAGGAUACGACCCUGUCUUUGAUGACCGUCGGCGCCGUGAUUACUCUCCUGAUGCUCGUCCUCGGCGUGGAGACUCCUUCCGUGAGGCUGGUUUUCAGGGCCAGCGCAGUCGUAGUCGUGAUGACCUGAUGGAUCUGGAGCGUGAUCAUGGCCGUGGAGGUCGGGACGCAUACGAUGACAGCUUCCUGAGGGAAGCCAUGGAAAAAAAGAAGCUGGGCGAGCAGCAGAGAGGCCGCAGCCGCGAGCGGCUCGACAGCGAGAGCGAACGUUCUGACCGCUACAGGGGGCCACACGGCGGACCGCCACCUCUGCCGCUCGCCCCGCCCUCCGGAAACCCUAAUCGUCAUGGAAACCAUAGCAACUUACCACCUCCACCCCCUCCCUACACUGAGGACAGUGACAGUUUGCCAUCGUCCAAGAAGAGCAACUUAAAAAAGAAUGGAGCUGUGAGCAGAGAGAGUCUGGUGGUGUGACGCUCAGGUGAAAAUGAUGCGUGUGUGUGUGUGUGUGUGUGUGUGUGUGUGUGUGUGUGUGUGUGUGUGUGUGUG